UGUGUAUGUAUAUGUAUAUAUCAUCUCUCCAUUUCUUUCUUUCUCAAAGACUGUUUCUCCUUCCCAGAUGGAAACUCCGGAAAGCAGAAAGCUGCAUGCUGUCCUCCUGUCGAGCCCCGGGAUGGGCCACAUCAUCCCGAUCAUCGAGCUUGGAAAGCGUCUGGUUGCUCACCAUAGCUUCUACGUCACCGUCUUCGUGGCCGGUGCCGCCUCCCAGCUCCCCGCCUCUGAGUCCAAGAUCAUUGAAGCCGCCAUGAUGAACCCAAAACUCUUCGACCUCAUCCAGCUGCCACCGGUGGACAUCUCGGGCCUCGUGGACCCUGACGCCACAGUCGUCGCCAGGCUGUGUGUGAUGAUGCGCGAGGCCCGGCCUGCUUUCAAGGCGGCGCUAUCUGCCCUAGCAGUUUGUCCGGACGUGCUCAUACUCGAUUUGUUUUCGACUGAGCAUUUCAUCAUAGGGGAUGAAUUGAGGAUCCCUAAGUUUGUGUACGUAGCGAGCAAUGCAUGGUUCUUGGCUUUGAAGUUAUACAGUCCAACUUUGGAUAAGUUGGUGGAGGGGGAAUAUGUGGACCAACCCAUGCCAUUGGAGAUCCCCGGUUGCAGAGUGGUUCGUCCUGAGGACGUGGUCGACCCCAUGCUUGAUCGUUCCAAUCAGCAGUAUCGCGAGUACCUCAGGAUGGCGACCGAGUUGCCAAUGGGAGAUGGGAUUUUGUUGAAUAUCUGGGAGGAUUUGCAACCCCAGACGCUCGCAGCGCUGAGAGAUGAACGGCUAUUGGGCCGGAUUGCUAGAGUGCCAAUAUACCCGGUUGGGCCGUUAAUCAGGCCUCUUGAACCAGUCGGUCCCAAUACUCGUGAGCUAUUCGACUGGCUUGAUAGGCAGCCGAGUGAGUCAGUAAUCUUUGUGUCGUUCGGGAGUGGCGGAACCCUGUCGGCGGAUCAGUUGACUGAGCUGGCUUGGGGAUUGGAGUUGAGUCGACAAAGAUUUAUCUGGGUAUUGCGCGCACCUACCAUAAAAUCCGGCGACGGGUCAUUCUUCGACUCAGGAAAUGGAUCGACAGACAUGUUGAGUUUCCUACCAGACGGGUUCGUCGGGCGCACCCAGGGAAUCGGGCUACUAAUUCCACACUGGGCCCCGCAGGUAAACAUCCUAGCCCACCGGGCGGUCGGAGGGUUCCUGUCUCACUGUGGCUGGAGCUCAACCUUGGAGAGCAUUGUGAACGGGGUGCCCAUGAUAGCUUGGCCGUUGUACGCUGAGCAGAGGAUGAACGCGACGUUGCUAGCAGAAGAGAUCGGGGUGGCCAUCUGCCCGAAGGUGCUGCCUUCGAAGAAGACGGUUGGAAGGGAGGAGAUUCGAUGCUUGGUGAGGAGAAUCAUGGUCGACGAAGAAGGCAAUGCCGCUAGGAAGAAGGUGAAGGAGCUCCAGAAGAGUUCACAAGAGGCCUUGUGCAAAGGCGGCUCUUCAUACGAAUGUCUUUGGAAACUAAGGGAGGAUUGUAAGGCCAGGCUGCUAGAAGAACCAACCAAAAAAUAGACUUGGAGAAGUUGAAGGUCCAGCUUGCUAGCUCUCGGAUGAACGACCCACGCGCAAUCGGGGCUGUACAACUGAGAUUGGGGACUCGGGGACGCAGUGCAAUGUGAAUGGCACCGUCAGUAUCCUUGUUAAACAAAAGCUGAUUGAACUAUAUUUUCUCUGUUCAGGAUGUUUACCGGAGUCAGUAUCAUGUGUUUUGAAUACCUGAUUAUGUGAAAACUAUCCCAUGUGGUCUUCCAGCAUUAUAGGACGUGAAAAACUGAAUAUGCUACGGAUAUAUGUUGCAGCCUAACUACAUUCUUAAUUAUGCCAAACCAAUGAAAUUCUUUCGUCU